UUUCCUUUAAACCAAACACACUGGCUCAGACUGUGUUAAGACGUAGUCGUGCACAGAUCAACCAUUUGCAGGAGCCAUGGAUAACAAUCACAAAGAAGAAACAAACAAGAAGUUAGAAGAGGAGGAAGAGGAAGAGGAAGAGAACAAACAGCCUAAGACAAUAAUGGGCAUCUUCACCCGAGAACAAUUCAUUAUGUUGUGUGUUGCUGUGGGCUUGGUGUUACUGCUGAUCAUCAUUACCAUACCUGCAGUCAUUGUCACUCAGUCUUCAGGAUCUGGAUCUGCCAUAAAGGUUUCAUUUCCCUCUGAUGGGGACAUGCUGGAAUUCCUGAUGAAAAAUGGAAAAAUCCCAGAGAAGGAUGGUCUGCAUGCCUCUUGGUAUCACUCAGCCAACAGCAAAGCUGAGCUGAACGAAGCCCUGAAAGGUUCAGUCAUGGUUUUGGAGGCAGAUGUAAACGUUCAAGGACAUAACACGGUCAACCAGACCAACAUUCCCAUCAUGGCACAUCCACCUGCAGUAUACAGCGACAACACUCUGGACGAGUGGAUAGACGCCGUUCUCAAAUCAGACAAAGGUAUAAAACUGGAUUUUAAAAGCAUCGAAGCAGUAGAGCCCUCUCUUGACAUACUGAGAGUAAAGAAUCAGACAGCUCGCAUUAAUCGCCCAGUGUGGUUAAAUGCAGACAUCAUUCAUGGGCCCAAUGUUCCUGGGCUUAUACCUGUGAUUGAUGGUGCAAGGUUCCUACAACUCAUUCAACAGAAGUUUCCUGAGGCAACAAUAUCACCAGGAUGGAAAGUCCUUUAUCUGUCAUGGUUUCCUAAUGUAACGUAUACAGAAGCCAUGGUGAUGGAAAUGUACAAUGUCAUCCAGCAUGUUCCACAGAAAAUAACCUUCCCUAUCAUGGCCGUCAUGGCCAAGAAAGGGUGGCCACACAUCAGUUGGCUGCUAAGCCAAUCCUCCAGGUUCAGCUUGACGCUGUGGCAAGGCACACAAAACCCAACAGUGAAUGACCUUCUGUUCAUUCGAGACAACAGCAGCCCACAACGCAUCUACUAUGACAUAUAUGAGCCAGUACUAUCACAGUUUAAAGAGGCUGCGAGACAGAGGACUCGACCCCGGCGAUUUUACCCUGGAGGAGACUUGAUUGACUACUUUAAACCCAAGGAUAAUGAUGGCUGGAACAUCCAAUGGCAAACUGUGACUAGCAGAGAAUUCCUGCUGUCUGUGCUUAGAGACAGCAGUGGUGGGAUGUUGGUCAUCCCCGUGGUCUCCAGCGCAGGUGCACCAAAGACGUCCGUGGUGGAGAGUUCAGGCUCUGAGCUCUCCCUUCAGGAGUGCCUGGACCUUAUCUACACCUCUCCCAAACCAUGGGGCCUCUACCUACGGGUGAAGUCUCAGAGUCAGCUGGCCCCAGCACUCAAACUGCUCAGCGAAGCAUAUGACCAGGACCUCCUAUGCCAUCCCACCUGGGUCAGCAUGGAAGUGUCGCACGGGGCCUUCCAAACUCCAGGCUAUAUCAGCGGUAAGGACUUCCUGAGCACAGUUGAGGCGACCUUCCCGUUUGUAACCCUGGCCCCAGCUUGGCCCCAGGAGGCCCUGAGUGAGGGCUACACUUGGGCCCUGGUGGAAGACAUGCUCCAGCUCUUCAGGGGUGUCUACCAGGACGUGUCUCUGCAGCUGAGCACUGUGCCCCUGGGAAGGUCAGAUGCAGGACUCCAGCAGGAGAUUCAGAAAAGGUUUUCUCUCACAGUGGAGAUCAGCCCCGGGACAGACCUCACUUACCUUCAGCAUGUUAAAGCUCUUCGUCAAGGGAACAGACACCGCACCUUCUUCAACAUACCCCAAGCCUAUAAGUCUGAGCUGCCCAGCAAGGUUAACAACUUUUAAACAUCUGGGGUACGUUUCCCAAAAGCAUAGUUGCUAACUACGUUAGGAACUUACAUAGUUGGAACCAUACAGUUGCGAUGCACGCGUUUCCCAAAACCAUAGUUUGAACUAUAGAAAUAACUUACAUAGCUUAAACCACCGUCACCUUUGGUUAGAAGCUAAGUUCCAGAUACUUUGUGUCUAAGACAUCACUGAUGUCAGUUUUUGGUGUUCAAAUUAACCAUUAUAAAUAUAUUCCUGUCCCUGGUGAUAUGUGACGUUUUUAACUACCACACAGCCCUACUUAUAAUUGCCUUCAGCAAAAAAUGCAUGAUUUAAAGGCCCACUUGUAGAAAUGAGCAUGUGAGUUGAAUUCACACACCUGAAAACAGUAAUGCGAGAUGCUGCACCUCUGUUCAGUCAGCUGAUAAUAUGUAGCCUAUUAUAUUACAUAGAACUAGUAACAGAGGAUAAGGAUGAUAAUUAUGUAGACUAAAGAAUUAAUUCAGUCUGAUUGUGAACCCAUGACCUCCAAGAUGAAAGCUUUAGAUGUAUGACUGACUGAGUGUUAGCCAACUGAGCUACAGAACUGAC